CUGGUAUAUUUGUUAUUUAGCAGAAUGAAGGCGGUUUAUUUGUUUUAUCAUUUGUUAUUCAGUGUUUAUGUUUAUUUCGUGAACUGUAAACCACCAAAUAUUGUGUUUAUAUUAACAGAUGACCAAGAUGUAAAUGAAGGAGGCUCAGGGAUUCCAAUAAAGAAGAUAAAUGAAUUAAUAGGGGAACAAGGAAUAGUAUUUAAAAACAGUUUUGUCAGCAGUCCAUUGUGCUGCCCCAGUCGCUCAAGUCUUUUUACAGGUAAAUAUCUACAUAAUCAUCAUGCUAUAAACAACUCGGUCUCGGGGCAGUGUAGUAGUUACCAAUGGCAAAAGGAAGAAGAACCUAAUACUUUCCCAGUAUAUCUGAAGAAACAAGGUUACACAACUUUCUUCGCUGGUAAAUAUUUAAACCAGUAUGGGUUUAAAAAAACUGGUGGUCCAAGUCAUAUACCUCCAGGUUGGGAUUGGUGGAAUGGCUUGAUUGGUAAUUCUCGUUACUAUGGAUACAGUAUAUCUGUAAAUGGUACAAUGGUGUCACAUGAUCAUGAUUAUAAGACAGAUUAUUAUACGGAUGUUAUUCACAGAAGUGGGAUGGAUUUUUUGAAACUGCAGGAUGAGAACAGCGAUCCUUUCUUUAUGAUGUUAUCAACUCCCGCUUGUCAUGGACCAUUUACACCUGCUCCACAAUAUAGUGAUGUUUUCUCCGACCUUCAAGCUCCUCGGGAUCCUAUCUUCAAUACACAUGGUAUUUUAAAACAUUGGUUAAUAGAACAUGCCAUCACCCCUAUGACUAAUGACACAGUGACCACAAUAGAUAAUAUAUUUAGAAACAGAUGGCGAACGUUAUUAUCAGUUGAUGAUAUGGUAGAAGAUGUUAUGAAUACUUUACAAAGUAAAAACUUAUUGGGUAAUACUUAUGUUGUCUUCUCAUCAGACAAUGGAUAUCAUUUAGGUCAGUUUUCUAUGCCAGAAGAUAAACGUCAGUUAUAUGAGUUUGAUAUAAGGGUACCGUUAAUGAUUCGUGGACCAGGAAUAACACCCGGACAAGUAUUAGACAAUAUGGUAAUAAAUAUAGAUCUAGCACCAACAUUUAUUGAAAUUGCUGGAGCUACACCAGGACCUCAGAUGGACGGUUUAUCACUACUACCAUUACUAAAAAAUGGUGGUGGUAAAAACAAUUUAAAUAGGACAGCCAUUUUAAUAGAACACACAGGAGAGUCUGCAGAGGAAGUAAAAGGAUGUCCGCAAUAUACCGGACAACGAAUGGGUAAUUGUAAUCCUGAUUGUGUUUGUGAAGAUUCAUGGAACAAUACGUAUAAUUGUGCAAGAAUAAUGUCAGACACAUUGAAUUAUAAAUAUUGUCAUUUACUGGAUCUAGAUAAUUUUGUAGAAGUGUAUAAUUUAGAUGCUGAUGUUUGGGAAAUAGUCAAUACUAUAUAUUCAAUCCCACCUAAGUUACUUCAACAACUGAAAUCACGUUUAUCGGACCUUGUUCAAUGUUCUGGACAAACUUGUCACCUAACGUAAUAAAAUGCAAGGUCAAAGUUCACCAUGAGCAAACAACCUCAGAAGUGCAAUAAUAUAAUAAUUUUUAUACCCCUAUAAUAAUGCUCAAUCGUUUUUCAAUAGAAAUUGUUAUUACAACAAAUAAUAUGGUAUGUCUUAAAAAUAAGAUUGAUUAAUUGUGUAUAUUUAUUAAAGCAUGAUUUUAUCAAACUAUUUUUGUAUUACCAUACUUACAUAAUUUAUCAAACUAUUUUUGUAUGAUCAUUCUUAAUUAAU